AUAAAAGUUCGGAUGAGAUAGUGUCUGUUGCUGUAAUAGAGACUUACGAUGACGAAGGGAUUUCUAUAAAAGCUCCUAUUAGUUCAAUAGUUUUUGAUAAAGAUAGUGUAGUGAACAAAGAAUUCGAAGAAGAUUUUUUAU